AUGUCUUCCUUAUCACGAGUAUUUAUUCCAAAUUGUGAUCACAAACGCUUUAAUGAAAUUGCAGACGCCAACCCACAAUAUCGUAUGAGUCUUAUCGAAGGUCGGCUUGAGAUAUCAAUGCCAGUGAGUGCUUAUACCGGCCAGAGACAAGCAAGAAUUAUUACGCAAGUUGGCAACUGGCGUGCUGCAAACAGUAAUUUGGUUGGACACUUUGGUUCUUAG